AUGGACGACGAUGAGUAUGUGUUCCGUAAUCCAGUGACUGGGGAAUUCGAAAUACGGCGGUCCCCGGGAUCGACCGACGAGCUCCGUCGCCAGAGAGCCGAGGAAGAGCGCCGUGCCGCUGCGCAGAGCGCUCCCCAGCGCCGUCGCCAGAGAGCCGCCGCCCAAGAUCGUCCACGCGUCAUGGGUGUCGCCCGUAGCCGUGAGCUAGGCUAUGAUCCCGUCGACGAGGGGGAAGGGCAUGGCGAGCUAGUCCGCGGGCGCAGUUCUCAUCCCGAGCCGUCCUCUUCCCGUCCAACUGAGAGGUCAGCUACAAAUCCAGGAGGUGGAACCACAAUUCAUGUUCGACAAAGUGUUCUAUAUUCAAAUCGGCCAAGGGUAUCUAGAAGCAGACGCGGACGAGAACUAUCACCAAACAAGAUACCGGCUGAGGAGUGUGCUCGAGAGGUUAGCAGCAGUGAGGGGCCUAUAAUUACAGAUCUGCCUGAAUUCAAGGAGGCAGCAUUGAAUGAACUGUCUCCUAAACUUCAGUCACCCUAUUGGUGCAAUUUGCCUUAUACUGACAGCAGUGACUCCGAGUCUGAAACUGUGGAGGGCAACCCCGAUGAAGAGUCAGAUUUCGAUUUGGAGAAGGAGCUGCAAAAAUUAGAGGAGUACUUGGAAGCGCAUACGAGCGACACUAUAAGCGAAGGGAUGGAUAAGAUUUUAGCUGCUGAGCGGGCCACUCUAGCUGCCGAAUUUGAAAAGUUUUCAGCUGCUAAGCGUGCCGAUAUAACUGCUCGAGCUCCCUACUUUGCUAAUAGGUUACCUCCCACAUGGCGUCUACCUUCACCAGCUGGUUCAGAAGCCCAGUCACUUCAGGCAACAGAACAGGCUUCAAGUGCUGAACCAUCACCGCAGCAUUUACUACGUCGACAACCAAGGCGUGGAGUUUCUAAGGAAGAGAUCAUUCAAAAUGGGAAAAACUGGAUGAAGAAGGAGGUGAUGCUGGCAUUUGAUGAAUACAAGGAGAGAAGUUCUAAUCUCAAGGGACUUGACUGCCAGUUUGAGAAACUAGGCCACCAAUGUUUUCAUGUGGAACAUUAUAGCAAAAUCUUCCACCACUUCAACUUCUUUGUCAAGAUUACAGACCCUAGUUCAAGUGAUUCGAGAGUGGCGCUGUUCUUCGCUGAAGUGAAAGAGAUAUUUGGAAGAACAUACUACUUUUGCUGUCCUCUUGAACAAAAUGAAAAUGGUCGGUGCAAUGCUUGCCAUAACCAGGAAAUGGAUGAUCUGCAGCAUCCAGCUACGGGUGGAUAUGAACGGGGUUUGACCGAUACUGUGUUCCCUUUCAUGUAUGAGGACGACAGUGAUAGUUCUUGGGUCGAGGAGUGUACUCGGGAGGUUAGCAGCAGUGAGGGGCCUAUAGUUACAGAUCUGCCUGAAUACAAGGAGCCAGCACUGAGUGAACUGCUUCCACUUCAGUCACCCUAUUGGUGCAAUUUGCCUUAUACUGACAGCAGUGACUCCGAGUCUGAAACUGUGGAGGACAACCCCGAUGAAGAGUCAGAUUUUGAUUUGGAGAAGGAGCUGCAAAAAUUAGAGGAGUACUUGGAAGCGCAUACGAGCGACACUAUAAGCGAAGGGAUGGAUAAAAUUUUUGCUGCUGAGCAGGCCACUCUAGCUGCUGAAUUUGAAAAGUUUUCAGCUGCUAAGCGUGCCGAUAUAAAAGCUCGAGCUCCCUACUUUGCUAAUAGGUUACCUCCCACAUGGCGUCUACCUUCACCAGCUGGUUCAGAAUCCCAGUCACUUCAGGCAACAGAACAGGCUUCAAGUGCUGAACCAUCACCGCAGCAUUUACUACGUCGACAACCAAGGCGUGGAGUUUCUAAGGAAGAGAUCAUUCAAAAUGGAAAAAACUGGAUGAAGAAGGAGGUGAUGCUGGCAUUUGAUGAAUACAAGGAGAGAAGUUCUAAUCUCAAGGGACUUGACUGCCAGUUUGAGAAACUAGGCCACCAAUGUUUUCAUGUGGAACAUUAUAGCAAAAUCUUCCAUCACUUCAACUUCUUUGUCAAGAUUACAGACCCUAGUUCAAGUGAUUCGAGAGUGGCGCUGUUCUUCGCUGAAGUGAAAGAGAUAUUCGGAAGAACAUACUACUUUUGCUGUCCUCUUGAACAAAAUGAAAAUGGUCGGUGCAAUGCUUGCCAUAACCAGGAAAUGGAUGAUCUGCAGCAUCCAGCUACGGGUGGAUAUGAACGGGGUUUGGCCGAUACUGUGUUCCCUUUCAUGUAUGAGGACGACAGUGAUAGUUCUUGAACGGACUUAGCAUGAUUGUUCUGAACCUAGUAGUCUUAGACACCAGAUGACAAUUUGUUUCAGUUGUUGAAUCAGAAAUAUUCUGUUAUGGGCCCCUGAUACUGAGAUUCUAUGUGAUGCUACUGUUUAUGCGCUGAAGCACUUAAUUUA